AUGCUCGAUGCUGUACGAGAACUGAGCUUCAGCUUCCGAGCACACGUGAAGACUCACAAGACCCAAGAGCUCACUCGUUUUCAAGUCGGUCAGGAAAGUAAAGAUGCUCGAAUAAUUGUCUCGACAGUUGCGGAGGCUGAGUUCAUGACACCGGUUCUGCUUGAGUACAAGCAGAAAGGAGCGAAGGUGAACCUCUUAUAUGGGAUUCCUCCUGGGCCAUCGUCGGUUGAGCGCCUGGCAGCGCUCGGUAAGCAGUUGGGAGAAGGGGGAUUCACAUUCAUGAUCGACCAUCCUGCUCAGUUCGUGGUCUUGAGACGGUUCAAGGAGCUGACAGGAUUCGCUGCUGGUGCAUUUCUGAAGACUGACGCUGGUCAACACCGAGCUGGACUCGAACCACAGACGGAGGAAAUGGUGCGACUCGUCGACGAAGUUGCCGGUCUUGAAGACGAAGGCAUCGUGAGACUCGUAGGAUUCUAUACCCACAACAGCAACAGCUAUGGCGGAUCGUCCCCCGAUGAAGCCAUGGCUUAUCUUCAGCAAGAAGUGGACGCAUGCAGGGCAGCGUCGAAGAACCUGAAGAAGGAGCGGUCGGGACCUCUGAUCAUCAGCGUCGGCGCUUCACCCACAGCACUCUCAAUCCAAAACAUCCUGCCAUCUGGCGCACCGAGCUCGUCCUCGGCCAAGUCGUUGCAGGAAGCCUUGCAAUUGACCACGUCGAACUUCGAGCUCGAAAUCCAUGCGGGCGUUUACCCGUUGUUCGACAUGCAACAGGUUUCUGCUCAAAGCAGGUCCUUCACAUCUGAUCCGCACGACGCCAUUGGCAUAAGCGUGCUUGCCGAGGUCUGCUCUGUAUAUCCCAAACGCCUGUCUCAUCCCGAGGCCUUGAUCUCAGCAGGCUGCUUGGCAUUGGCGCGAGAGCCAUGCAAAGACUACCCUGGCCAGGGUGUGGUCACUAGCUGGGCCAUGCCCUCGACUUACAACACAACAAAAGAAGGCCGUUUGAUUGUGAAGCGCAUCAGUCAAGAGCACGGUAUUAUCGGGUAUGAGAACGAGUCUUAUUCAGAUGAGCUGCCAGUCGAAUAUGGUCAGAAGAUUCGGAUAUGGCCAAAUCAUGCAUGCAUCACCAUGGCUAUGUAUGAAACGUAUUUUGUUGUCGAUUCGGACACAUUAGACCCGGAUAACGUGGUUGAUGUGUUUGCUAGCUGUCGCGGGUGGUGA